ACUCCAAGUUUGCGCGAGACAGGUGCGCGUUGUGCAGCAACAACGUCAACAAACCCGGACGAAGCAGAUCUGUGGUUGGAUUUGAUCUCCUCAAGAAUACGAAAUGCCAGGUACCACUGUUCCGCGAGUGCCAGGCCAGUGCCAGAAUAUCCAUGAUGCCGUGAAGAAUAGCGAUGUAUUCCACUUGGAGGCGAUGGUCAAGAAUGGUGCCAGUAUCAAUGAGAUUGAUGAGCGAGACAACUUCACCCCGCUCCAUGCAGCAUGUAAUGUAGGGGCUCUCGAGUGUGUGCAUUGGCUGCUCUGGCAUGGUGCAGAUGCCACAGUGACCACACCCCGUGGGUGGAGCCCCGGACAUAUUGCUGCCAUCAGGGGUCAGGACGGCUGUCUCCAAGCCCUGGCUAACAACGGGAUCAGUCUGACAGGAAAGGACACUCGUGGCAGUACCCCCCUGCACCUGGCGGCCGCCCACGGCAACUCCUUCAGCCUCCAUACCAUACUGCGAACAGGAGUGGAUGUGAAUGCCUUGGACAAGCAUGGAUGGACGCCCAUCCACUCCUCUGCUUAUCAUGGCCGACUGGGAUGCAUACAGUUGCUGGUCAAAUGGGGAGGUCAUCUUGAUGAAGUGGACAACAAUGGCAACACACCCGCCCACCUGGCAGCCAUGGAGGGCCACCUGCCCUGUCUCAAGUACAUCGUCACCAACUCGGGCAACACCAUGCACACACUGGGCGCUAGGAAUGACAAUGGGGAAACACCCAAAGACCUGGCUCAACAGUUCUACAAGGAGAACAUCCUGGAGUACAUCAACAACAUUGAGUGGGAGAGAGAUCACCCAGUGGAGGCCGAGAACCUAGCAUUCCCUGCACACGUGGCCGCCUCCAGUGGAGACUUGGAUCAUGUGCGAAUGUUGGUGGAGAAUGGCGUUGUCAACAUCAAUGAGAGGGAUGACAAGGGAUCCACACCAGCUCAUAAAGCUGCCGGUCAGGGCCACAUCCAUGUGCUGCAGUGGCUCAUCCAGAUGGGUGCAGACAUGGCCAUCAUGAACCAGGCAGGAGAGACGCCGAAGGACGUGGCCCGCAGGUUCGCUCAGCUAGCCUGUAUCAAGCUGCUGGGGGGGGACACCGAGCAGGACACUGAAGUAGUUGUUGAUGAGCCCCGGGAAGAGGAGAUGGGCGGAGAUGCGCGGUCUAACGAGGCCAUGGCAAAAGGUCGGGCCAAGAUGCGUGUGGAUGAGCUGGAGCGUCUUCUGGACAUUGCCAAGAGAAACUUCAGCCAGCUGGGAGGCACUUUGGUAGAGGACAGACAUCGCCUGCAGCUGAUGAGAGACAAAGAUCACACCAUCAAGGAGCUGGAGACACUGCUGGAGUAUGAGAGGGUCAAGCGGGAGAAACUAGAGUGUCAGCUGGACGACUUCCGCCGUGAGCUGGCCUACCUGCGCUCACACCUGGACAACACCAAGAUGGACCCUAUGAGUGAUGAGGACUUGAGACAAAGGUCCCGCAAGAAGAGGUCUGGGUCAGCCAAGAAGAAGAGCUACGGUGAUGGUGGUGUGUUCAUCAAGAGGAAUGUGACGGUACCAGCUAGAAGCAGCCGCACUCGGAUAGUAUAGCAUCUUCACCCAAGUGCACACCACACUUUAUUCCCUAAUACUGUUCCUAUGUAUAGUAUAGGCCUAUAAUAAAGUGAUCACAUACGAGAAGGCAGUUUCGGCCAUCAACAGAAGAUGUCUCGGGGCUUGUAGGUUAGUGCAACCUAGAAAGCUGUACUGUGGCUAAAGAACAGUGUUUCCCACUGAGUUACAUUUUCGAACUGGUGGAAAAAAAGAUUUAGUUUAGCUAUGGAUUUCUUACUUUUUGUCUUGUUUUUACUGUUCAUAAUUAUGAUAACGAGCUACACCCAUGCCCAUCCUACUUAAUUCAACCAGUAAUCUGUCAUUAACUCCCCAGGAAGUAUUCCAGACGUGUCAUCCUUCCUGGUACCCAUUACACAACUUGGUAAAGUGGACAAUAAGGAAACACCUUAUUCCAAAUAACAAAGCCACAACAACCAUAUCUUUCCCUGGAUCACAGAAAUGCUCCCCCUCAACGUGUUUUGGUAUAUAUGGCCACUCAACAGGGCCCUGUUCCCCAAGAUCUUAGUGCUCAGGUGAUCGUAACUCCCAUACUUUAACAUAGGCCUACGAUCAUCGUAGCACUAAGAUCACUGUGUGGAGCGGGGUCCUGGUCAACAAAGUUUUGUCUGGUUUGCUAAUAAUUAUCACACCUUCAUGCAACCACCAGACAUCUGAGGCCUACAGUUGUGUCUACAUGAAUGUUUCUCUGAUAUGUAUCAGGUGCUAAUGUUGUACAGAAUUUCUCUUAGCGCUGUAUUUAUUGUAUGCUAUAUUCUCUGUGUGUGUACAGAGCUGUACAGGUGAGGGUCAACUCCGCUUGUUCAAAGUCCUGCUUACUUGUAAUGAUAAAGUGAUGCAAUAAAUCAACAACUACCUUUUA